AUGGAGGGGAUGCGCCUUCUUCCUCCCUGCCAUUCUCUGACUGUCUUCCACUCUACUCCUCGAGUGGCGGAAGUCCUCCAUUUCCGCGGGAGCCAUGGCUCUCUCAAAUGGCGUCGCGCCAUUGUGGAUUCUCGUCUUCCUCCUUCCUCUUCUUCAAAUGGCGGUUGGCUUCACUACGACCUUCCCGCCUUCUCCGCCGAACGGCAUCGCUCCACCGGUGGUCGUUCCUUCCCCGGUGACCACCAAACCCCCGCCGUCGGGUUCGUCUGCCCCCGUGACAGCUCCUCCAGUGCCUUUCCCUACGCCGGUUAUAGUACUCCCUCCACCAGUGGCCACGCCUCCGCCCGCAUCGAUCCCCCCACCAGCCAGUAAGCCAGUAGGCCAGCCUCCGCCAUCCAUGCCGUCUCCCCCGUCAACCACUCCCAAGCGACCGCCGCCGCCGCCGUUUACCAGUCCUCCACCAGUGAGCACGCCGCCGCCAGCAAGCGUUCCCCCACCCGUGAAAAAACCUCCUCCGGUGACUCCUCCGUCGUUAGACUGUGAUGGAGCGUGCAAGGCAAGAUGCAGCCUGUCGUCGAGGCCGAACCUCUGCAUCAGAGCUUGCGGCACCUGCUGCUAUCGGUGCAAGUGCGUCCCCUCCGGCACCGCCGGCCACUACGAGGAAUGUCCCUGCUACGCCAACCAGAAGACUCGCAACAACAAGCCCAAAUGCCCCUAGUCCAAAAUCACUUCUUCUCCAUGCUUCCCUUCCUUCCUUCUUUGAUCAGUAGUCUGCUUCUCCCGCCGUUUCCUGUGUCUAAGUGUCUUGCUGUACAUACUCGUGGAUGGGAGAUCAGAUGCAUCUGCAUCUCGCUUCCAUUCCUACUGUAUGCUUCUCUUUCGAGUCGUUCCUAGUGUUUGUACUUGCUGGUUGUGGUUAUUUUUCUUAGCGACGUACUACAUUGUAGCAGUGAAUUUUGAGAGUCGAUCGAGAAAAUAUCUUAAAGUGGUCCAUCUCUGGCCGAGCUUCUGCAAAAUGUGUUUGAUUGGUUCUGUAGCAUCAUAUUUUUAGUACAGUGAAAUCAGAUUAGUCACGAAGAAUUUCGAGAAA